AUUUGCUCUCCAUCUGUGGACAUAUCAUGUGGUCCAAUAUUAGUGCUGCUCCCUUUUUGCUGACUGGCUUCCCAGGCCUGGAGGCAGUUCAUCACUGGAUCUCCAUCCCCUUCUUUGCAGUUUACAUCUCUGUGCUUCUUGGCAAUGGCAUUCUCCUCUACCUCAUCAAGAAUGACCACAAUCUCCAUGAACCCAUGUACUAUUUCCUUGCUAUGCUAGCAGGCACAGAUCUGAUGGUGACAUUGACCAACAUGCCAUCUGUAAUGGGUGUCUUAUGGUUGAAUCAGUGGGAGAUGAGCCACGGAGCCUGCUUACUGCAAGCUUAUUUCAUUCACUCUCUUUCCAUUGUGGAAUCAGGUAUCUUGCUUGCCAUGGCCUAUGACCGUUUCAUUGCCAUCUGCACCCCUUUAAGGUACAACUCUAUCCUUACCAACUAUUGGGUGAUGAAGGUAGGACUUGGAGUACUGAUGAGAGGCUUUUUAUCCCUUUUGCCCCCAAUUCUGCCACUGUAUUGGUUUCCAUAUUGCCGUUCCCACGUUCUUUCCCAUGCCUUUUGCAUCCACCAAGAUGUCAUGAAACUCGCCUGUGCUGAUAUUACAUUUAAUCGGAUAUACCCAGUUUUUCUGGUUGCACUGACUUUCUUCCUAGAUGCUCUGAUUAUCCUCUUCUCUUAUAUCUUAAUCCUUAAGACAGUUGUGGGCAUUGCCUCUGGAGAGCAGCGAGCUAGGGCCUUCAACACUUGUGUCUCCCACAUUAACUGUGUCUUAGUCUUUUACAUCACCGUGAUUAGCCUGACUUUCAUCCACAGGUUUGGGAAGCAUGCACCACAUGUGGUCCCUGUUACCAUGAGCUAUGUCUACUUUCUCUUUCCUCCAUUCAUGAACCCCAUUAUAUACAGCAUCAAGACCAAGCAGAUUCAGAAAAGCAUCAUUUGCCUGUUUUCUGUGCACACUAGGGCUUGA